AUGGAGUUCGAAGACAAGAAGAGUUCAACCACCAACUCUGAGGAUUCUUUUGCCUUGCCUCGUGAAUAUUGUUGUCUUUUGCAUACGAACAGUACUGUUCAAUGCACCCGUGAUGAUUUAUUCCUGACCAACUCGAAUUUUAUCGAUAGCGGGGCUACGAUCAAUGCUGUCAGCCCUGAAUUUUGUCAGCGUUCUCAAUUGGAAGACCGGAUCGGAGAUCACGGAGUUGAGAUACCGAUAACACUGGCGAAUAAGCAAGAAAUGAAAGUUCGCAAGCGAACACUACGACUGCAUUUGUUUAUCGACUCUUUCGAUCCUUACGUCGGUGAAUUUCUCGUGCUUUCUGUACCGGAAAACCAAGAUAUCCUGCUUGGGAUGCCAUGGCUAAAGGCUGUGAACCCAGACAUCGACUGGAUCGAGGAAACAAUCAAACCUCGGCAAAACUCGUGCGGUAAAUACUUUCAGCAGGGGUUCUACUCGGUGACAAGUGGUGAAACGAAAUUUAUAACGAGCAAACAAUUCAAAAGACUUCUGCGAAAACCUGAGAAGCUUGAU